CCACUCCAAUUGAGAAAAUAAUUUAUUUUUAAGAAAUUCACCACUCCACAAAUUUUAUACCACGCAAACAAAAACAAGAAAUUUUUUAUACCACUCCCAUAAACCCUAAUUAACCACAACUUCCAUCACCAAGUCAAAGCUUUCAUUUUCCAAAGAAGAAUGAGCAGAAGCAAAUCCAUAGUCAUCAAUUCCAGUUCCGAAAAUAAUAUCUCCACGGUCGCUGCCUCAGCUGUAGCUAUGAGACGUUCUGCUUCAAACGCAGGCGCCCUGGUACAUGCUAGUGAUCAUAACAGCAAAUCACGGCGACCACGGCCAGUAGAAUUUCCAGUAUCUCCUCAACUGCUACAAGGGAAAGAGAUGGUCCAUUUCGGACAUCCACAACACGUGCUUGUCAAAGUAGAAUUGCCGGAUAUCUACACGUGUGCAGGGUGCAAAGAAGAAGGAGCUGGAAUUAGGUACGUGUGCCAAGAGUGCGAUUAUCAACUCCAUGAGUUUUGUGCUUUGGCUACUCCUCUACUCAAGUCGCAUCCUUUUCAUUACCAGCAUCAGCUUCUCUUCUUUGCCAAACCUGGGAAAGGAGGGAUAAUGAAGUCGAAAUGCGACGUGUGUGGAAGAUCACCAAAAGGUUACACCUAUAGAUGCAAAGCUUGCAGUUUCCAGAUGCAUCCUGGCUGCGCAAUGUUAUCUCCUUCCCUCUCAUCUUCCUCUCUCCAUCACCACCCUCUCCAACUCCUCCCCUCCUCCUCCUCCUCUGCCAACACCACCAGCGGAUUCCUCUGCGGAGAGUGCAAGAGAGGUAAGCGAGUCGGGAGGGUGUACCGUUGCACCGUCUGCGAUUACCACUUGCACGCCGUAUGCGCCAAAGACUCCGUCGUGAACGGCCUCCGUGCAAAUGGACACAAAGGGAGGGAUAGGUCUCCGGCGGUUUUGGGCACGGCAGCGAGGCUGGCGUCGCAGGUUGUGAUAGAUUUUCUCGGUGGAAUGAUGGAAGGUCUCGGUGAAGGUGUUGGUGAAGCCAUUUUGGACGGUGUAAGUAGAGGCGGUGGUGGUGGUGGCAGCCGCGGAGGAGGAAAUGGAGGUGUUACUGGGGUAACUCCACGUGUCAGAGGAGGCUAGUUAUGGAACUUUAGAGAUAAUUAGUUAUGAGUGUUUAUAUGAAUAUGGUAAUGAUUGUAUUGCUGCUAUGUGUUGAUUGAUAAGUACAUAUAGAUAGACUGGAGUGUUGGUAUUUAAUAUUUAUUGGUUGGGUUGGAGGGAUAUAUAAUUUUGAUUAAAUUUCGGGAUAAAGUAAUAAGAGUAAGAAAAAUGUGUAGUGUUUAAUUAGUUUGGAUACAGUAUAUAAAAGUACUGUUAUUGUAUAAUGUUUGUGUGCUGUUCAGUUAUUAAUAAUUCAAGAAUUAC